UCCCGCCGCAGGAACAAGUGUCAGGUUUCAUCAGUUAGCAUCAAGCUAAGCUAACGCUCCAUCGUCAUCCGCUGCGGAGAGUUCGUUCCAACGGACCCGAGCCCGCUUCAGUCCGGCGGCCUCGUGUGGACCCGCAGCCCGGUGACCGGCCCCUGUGCCCCGGGGCAGCAUCCUCCGAGCCGGGGGAACCUCCUGGACCAGUGUCAUGGCGGAGGGAGCGGAGGGCGGCUCAGUCACCGCCGUGAAGAGGAGGCCAGCAGCGGGCAGGAGGAGCCGACAGGGCCGGCAGAAGAGCUGCUGCAGCCGGGUGAGUCUGGAGAAAGUUCUAGGAAUCAGCACGGCCGGCAGCAGCGGUCUGACCUCUGACCCCAACUCGGGGCUCAUCGCCUACCCUGCAGGGUGUGUGAUCGUGCUGCUUCACCCAAAGAAGAACAAACAGAGUCACAUCCUCAACGCCUCCAGGAAACCCUUCAGUGCUGUGGCCUUCUCUCAUGAUGGGAAACACCUGGUCACUGGUGAGAGCGGCCACAUGCCCUGUGUCAGGGUGUGGGAGGUGGGUGGAGGUCAGGUGGCCGAGGUUCAGUGUCAUAAAUACGGCGUUUCCUGCGUAGCGUUCUCCACCAACAGCUGCUACAUCGUCUCGGUGGGAUAUCAACACGACAUGACUGUUAGUGUGUGGGACUGGAGGAAAGGUUCCAUCAUCGCCUCCAACAAAGUGUCCAGCAGAGUCUACGCCGUCUCCUUCUCUCAGGACAACAGCUACUUCGUCACUGCAGGAACCAGACACGUCAAGUUCUGGUACCUCCACGCCUCCAAAGAACGACGGGUGAACAGCACGGUGCCCCUGAUUGGUCGUUCAGGGUUGCUAGGUGACCAUAAGAACUGUAUGUUCAGCGGGGUGGCGUGUGGGCGUGGCCUCAUGGCGUCCAGCACCUACGUCAUUACCAGCUCCGGGCUGUUGUGUCUGUUCAACAGCAGCCGCCAGCUGGAGGUCUGGGUCAACCUCAAGACGGAGUCGGCCAGUUGUCUGUCCCUCAGUGACCACCAUGUCUUCUGUGGCUGCGCCGACGGUCUGAUCCGGGUGUUCGACCUGUUGCACCUUCAGUACGUCACCACGCUGCAGCGCCCCCACAGGCUGGGAGUGGACAUUAGUGAACAGCACAGCAGCCUGUUUCCUGUCAGUCCAGACGCUCACUUCCCUGACACCUUGGCCUUGACCUUUGACCCUGCUGCCCAACAGUUGACCUGCGUGUACGACGACCACAGUGUGUAUGUGUGGGACGUGAAAGACGUGAGGAACGUGGGGAAGCUUUACUCCGCCUUGUACCACAGCAGCUGCGUGUGGAGCGUGGAGGUGUAUCCUCAGCUGUCACACGUGUCCCGGGCGUGUCUGCCUCCCUCCUCCUUCCUCACCUGCUCCUCUGACAACACCAUCAGAGUGUGGCACGCCGACCCCCCCGCUGCCGCCACAGCGCACAGGAACCUGUACAGCAACGACCUGUCCAGGAUUGUGUACGUUGGCGAGAAUACGCAGCACCUGCAGGCGGAGGGGAGGAAGGCCGAGGCAGCAGGGGCUGAUGGGAAGUCUGGGAUCCGAGUGCUGGGAAUCAGUCCGGACGGUCGACACCUGGCUGCUGGAGACCGCUGUGGAAACCUUCGUAUCUUCGCUCUAGAGUUUCUGGAUGAGCUGGUGAAGAUCGAGGCUCAUGACUCUGAGGUUUUGUGUCUGGAGUUCUCGCCGACUUCCACAGGUUUGAAGCUGUUGGCGUCGGCCAGCCGGGACCGACUGAUCCACAUCUUCAACCUGGAGAAGAACUACAAUCUGGAACAGACUCUGAACGACCAUUCAGCCUCCAUCACUGCCGUCAAGUUCACCGGUGAGAGUCCAGAGGUUCAGAUCGUGAGCUGUGGAGCCGACAAAAGCAUCUACUUCCAGACGGCUGAACAGACGGCGGAGGGUUUGUCAUUUUCCAGGAGUCAUCACGUGGUGGAAAAGACGACUCUGUACGACAUGGACCUGGACUCCUCCAAAAAGCACGUAGUCAUCGCCUGUCAGGACCGAAACAUCAGAGUUUACGACGUGGAAACUGGGAAGUUGAAGAGGUGUUUGAAAGGCUCGUCCAGCGACGAAGGAGCUCUGCUGAAGGUUCAGAUGGAUCCGUCCGGGAGCUUCUUCGCCACCAGCUGCUCAGAUAAAAACAUCACCAUCUUUGACUACGAGUCAGGAGAGUGUGUGGCCACCCUGUUCGGACAUGCAGAGAUCGUCACGUGUAUGAGGUUCAGUCCCGACUGUCGACAUCUCAUCACUGUGUCAGGAGACAGUUGUGUGUUUGUGUGGCGACUCGAUGCUCAGAUGACCUCCACCAUGAGGAAGAGGCGGGGCCUGAAAGUUGCACCUGACGCCCGCCACCAGAAACCUCUGAACAUCAGGAGGGAGACGUUCAUCACUGUUCCCUCGUCUCAGCUGCGCCAGGCGGAGGAAGAGGAGGAGGAGGAGGAAGAGGAGGAGGAGCCUGACCUCCGGACUCCAACCAGACAGGACUUUGCUCAGGAUGUUCCGCAGCUGCAGACCAACGGGAAACUGCCCCUGUGGUUCAGAAAGGUGCAGGGACAGGGCGGAGCCUCCACUGCCGGCCAACCGGAGGCGGGGCCUCGUCAGGGUCGCAGUCGGUGGACAGAACAGCUGAAUCCUCUGACUAUCUGCUCCAACUGCUCCCCGAGCCCCCCCAAGAGUCCGGAGGAGGAGGAGGAGGAGGAGGAGGAGGACGAAGACGACGAAGACUUCCACCCCCAGAGUCUGGAGAGUCUGCUGGGAGAGAACCAAGAGGAAGAAGAUGGAAAGGAGGAGGAGGACGACAGAGACUUUCCUCCUCAGAGUGUGGAGAGCUUGCUGAAGGAGGAGAAGGAGGAGAAGGAGGAGAAGGAGGAGGAGAAGGAGGAGAAGGAGGAGAAGGAGGAGAAGGAGGAGAAGGAGGAGAAGGAGGUGCUGCCCCCUGCAGGUGAGAAGAGGAGCAGCUGUGUCCUCCAGCCCAGCAGCAGCGCCACCCACAGGAAGCUUGACGUUGAAGCCGUCCCCGACCCACAGAGUCUUCUGACCCAGCUGGAGGUCAGAGGUCAGGAGGCGGAGCCAGUGUGGCGCACUCAGCUGAGCCCAGACUCCGCCUGCUCUGAGGGCUCUGCAGGGAGCGUGGAGCAGCCCCUUGAUGCCGACACGGACUCGCUGAGUCAGGGCAGCUCCGCUGGCAGCCUGGGUCCCGAGGACGACGAGGACAGGAACCUGCUGAAGAACCAUUUUGAUACGCUGGCGUCGAGUCUGAGCGAAGAGAAGUUCGACACUGACCUCAGGACUCUGCAGCCUCUGGAGGAAAAGCACUUCCUGAACCCUCGACUCAGCAUCUCCGCCCGCUUCCUGUCCCGCUUCCAGGACCGGCUCAGGGUGUGGCCGAGUCGAGCUCCGCCUCCCGUCUCCGUCCCGACCAGGAUCUCAGAGGAGAGCGUCCACAACACGUCGGACAACGAGUCGAGCAGCGAGUCGACUCUGAGGGACACGAGCAGCGAGGUCAGCUCCACCAACAGCACGCUGUCUGCGGCUCAGCAGCGGGCGUCUCGGCUCGGAUACCUGGGAACCACCGCCAGCUCCCGGUCCAAAGUGAGCCAGGACCCCCCCACCGCCCAGGAGCAGGAGAAGGAAAACCUCUGGUCCUCCUCAGACCCGCCUCCUGGUCCGGACCCCCCCGAGGACCAGGCCAGCAGCGUCGCUCCGUCCUCCCAGAAUCCUCGGCUUCAUCUGCCUGCAGAGACCAGCCCUCAGGUGUGGACCACGCCCACCGAGGGCGGAGCCAGCAGGUGGAGCACCAGCAGCAUUGAAAAUACGCCGACGAAUCAAAACCAAACGCUAAUCCCGAGCCCCGCCCACUUUAUCACAUCCACCUGCCCUGUCUCUGGGGAGAGGGCCGGUCCAGAUUCAAACGAGACCCUUGCUGAUGAUUCCUCCCGUGGCCCCCCCACCUCCUGUCCACCUUCAGACAGACCCUGCCCCCCCCUCGCUGACGAGGCGGUGACGCUGCAGCAGUGUCAGCAAGUCGCCAACGAGCUGCGCCACACGGCACGCCGCGCCCUGCGCCUCCGCCAGCAGCUCGGCGAGUCGCUUGGCUUUGUGGAGCAGCGGCUGCAGAUGUCCUCUGUCCUGCAGGAGGCGUUUGAAUCGGUUCACUCUGAGCUGCAGGUGGUCCUGCAGGGCGGCAGCACGCCCCCUGGUGGACGGGAGGCUGCAGGGACCAUGUCUCUGCUGGAGAAAUACUCUGAGCUGCUGCUGCAGAUGACACAGAACAAACUGAACCGGAUCUGAUCGCCAGGACACGUCAAUCUUAUUAAUAUCUAGUUUAUCGUCAGAACUGUAACAUGUUUUGACUUCACACAUUAAAAGUGUUGGUUUGUUUGUGUUUUUCUCCUGGAGUCACGACAGGAAGUAUGAGAGCGACGCGGAGGCUGGAGGAGUCGCUGCUCAAUCACAUUUCAUAAAUAUGUAAAGUUUUUACGAUCAGUAUUAAAUCAAGCGUGUUUGUGUUGUUUUUAAAUCACGUCACUGUUUGUAAAUAAACCUGUUUUACAUGUUU